CAUAGAGCACCGCGGGAAAGCAUUUGACAGGAAGUUCACGCCUCCUUACGUACCAAUGUUGCUUGUUGGGCUAGAGAUGACGUCGAACCUUGGACCUCUGGGUUCUGAACCAGAACUCUAAGCACUGCGCUACGGUUGCUCAAAUGUCAUGACUUUUUAUAGCAGCGUAAAAGAGAAGUAUGAUAUAAAUUGUUUGUGGCAAGAAAAAUUCAAAUAUGAUUUCAAUGUAUUGAUUGCUGAUACUGUUUUUAAAGAGAAAACUAUUUGUAUUAUUACUGGUUGUGACAAUGGAAUUGUUAGAGUGCACAGACCUUUGAAUGAAGAUAACAUACUGCAUGGAUUUGAUAAGGAAGGUCAGUGUUUUGAGACCAAAGGUGGACCUAUUCAAACCUUAUUAUCAGCUAAUGUGACUAGAUUUAACUUUAAUGAUGUCUUAGUUUGUGAUACAAAUGGAGUGUUUACAAUAAUGACCAAUGGCCAGAUUCUUAACAGAAGGUCAAUAUGUUUAUCCAAGAUUACCACACAAAUUUUACUUCGGGAUUCAGCUGAUAGUAUUUCGAUUGUGACAGGUUCGAGUUGCGGAACAUUAUUAGCUGUGAGUCCUUAUGAAAUAAUUUGGAAAUGUAGAGUUCCUGAACUUUUGAAGCAUGAAUCACAAAGAACAACAACUUCAAUCACUUGUCUUCAUUGUUUAAGCAUCAACUCAUCAACAUGCGAGACAAACUAUAUUUUAGUAGCAGAUUCGAACAAUUGCGUUCAUCUAUUUCUUAAUAGUUGUCUUAUAGCUACAUUUAACGUCCUUUCACAAGUAACUAGCAUGUGUUCAGGGAUUUUUCUUACUGAAUCUGAAAACACGAAAGUGCAAAAACAUAUUUCAGGAAAUCAAGUUGCCAUGGCCACUUUAUCUGGAUCUAUAUAUGUCUUGUCGAACAUGAAUGUUUUGUCAUAUUGCAAUCUUUCAUUUCCUAUUACUAACAUCCGCACUUUGAUUGCAACAGGCGCAGAUGAAGUAGACGCUAUUUUGUGUGCGGGACAUUUUAAUAGCUUGCGUAUAGUUCAAAAUGGUGUUUGUGUAACAACGUUCAACACAAGUGAUUGGGUUCAUGUAUUUGCAGUUCUCAAAGGCGCUGGCGAGUCAAAUUUAUUAGUUCUAGGGUGUUUAGAUCGAACGAUACGACUUGUCAAAAUUGUUAAAAACCGUUAAGCUGGAAAAAAAAAGUGUAUAAGUUGAUUGUUUAAAUACUACUACAAAAUUUACUAGAGUAGCACAAA